AUGCGCGCCCCGCGCGGAGCCGCCCUGCUGCCUCUGCACCUGGCCCUGCUGCACCUGGCCCUGCAGCCGUGGCCGGGGGCCGGCGCCCAGGCCGCCCCGCAGGUCUUUGACCUCCUGCCGCCCUCGGGCGAGAGGCUGAGCCCCGGGGUCCUGCAGCCACUGCUGGCCGACCCUGCCCUUCACGACCUCUACAUCCUGUCCACCUUCAAGCUGCAGACCAAGAGCUCCGCCCCCAUCUUCGGCCUCUACUCCACAGCCGACAGCAGCAGGUACUUUGAGUUCACCGUGAUGGGACGCUUAAACAAAGCCAUCCUCCGUUACAUGAAGAGCGAUGGGAAGAUCCACCUGGUGGUGUUCAACAACCUGCAGCUGGCUGAUGGGCGGCGACACAGGCUGCUCCUGCGACUCAGCAACCUGCAGCGAGGGGCCGGCUCCGUGGAGCUCUACGUGGACUGCACCCAAGUGGACUCUGUCCACAACCUCCCCAGAGCCUUCGCUGCCCUCUCCCAGAGUCCCGAGUCCUUUGAGUUGAAGACCUUACAAAGGAAGGCACAGGACUUCUUGGAAGAGCUGAAGCUGGUGGUGCGAGGCUCGCUGUUCCAGGUGGCCAGCCUGCAAGACUGCUUCCUGCAGCAGAGCGAGCCGCUGGCUGCCGCCAGCACAGGGGACUUUAAUCGACAGUUCUUGGGUCAGAUGGCGCAACUGAACCAGCUGCUGGGGGAGGUGAAGGACCUCCUGAGAGAGCAGGUCAAGGAGACGUCGUUUUUGCGGAACACCAUCGCCGAGUGCCAGGCUUGUGGUCCUCUAAGCUUUCAGUCCCCAACCCCAAACACCCUGGUGCCCCCCGCUCCCCCGGCGCCCCCAACACGCCCACCACGCCGCCGUUGCGACUCCAACCCGUGCUUCCGAGGCGUGCGCUGCACGGACACCAGGGACGGCUUCCAGUGCGGGCCCUGCCCCGAGGGCUACACGGGGAAUGGCAUCACCUGCUCUGAUGUGGACGAGUGCAAAUACCAUCCCUGCUACCCGGGCGUGCGCUGCGUGAACCUGGCUCCUGGCUUCAGAUGCGACGCCUGCCCGGUGGGCUUCACGGGGCCCACGGUCCAGGGUGCCGGGAUCAGUUUUGCCACAUCAAACAAGCAGGUCUGCACCGACAUCGACGAGUGCGCCAACGGAGCAUGCACGCCCCACUCCGUCUGCACCAACAGUGUGGGAUCCUACCGCUGCGGGCCCUGUGAGCCCGGCUACACCGGGGAUCAGACGCGGGGGUGCAAACCCGAGAGGAGCUGCAGAAACCCGGAGCUGAACCCCUGCAGCCCCAACGCGCAGUGCAUCCAGGAGCGGCAGGGGGAUGUGACAUGCGUGUGUGGGGUCGGCUGGGCUGGUGACGGCUACGUCUGCGGGAGGGACGUGGACAUCGACAGCUACCCCGACGAGCAGCUGCCGUGCUCGGCCAGGAACUGCAAGAAGGACAACUGCAAGUACGUGCCGAACUCGGGCCAGGAAGACGCCGAUGGAGACGGCCUGGGAGACGCGUGCGAUGACGACGCUGACGGUGACAGCAUCCUGAAUGAGCAGGACAACUGUGUCCUGACUCCCAACACGGACCAGAGGAACAGUGACAAGGACAUCUAUGGGGACGCCUGCGACAACUGCCGCAGCGUCUUGAACAAUGACCAGAAAGACACAGAUGGGGAUGGGAGAGGAGACGCCUGUGACGACGACAUGGAUGGUGACGGAAUAAAAAAUAUUCUGGACAACUGCCCCAGAGUGCCCAAUCGUGACCAGCGGGACAAGGACGGAGACGGUGUGGGGGAUGCCUGUGACAGCUGUCCUGACGUCAGCAACCCUAACCAGUCCGAUGUGGAUAAUGACCUGGUGGGGGACUCCUGUGACACGAACCAGGACAGUGAUGGCGACGGGCAUCAGGACAGCACGGACAACUGCCCCACGGUCAUCAACAGCGCGCAGCUCGACACGGACAAGGAUGGGAUCGGCGACGAGUGUGACGAUGACGACGACGACGACGGCAUCCCCGACUUCGUGCCCCCUGGGCCAGACAACUGCAGACUGGUCCCCAACCCAGCGCAGGAGGACAGCAACAGUGAUGGGGUGGGAGACAUCUGUGAGACGGACUUCGACCAGGACCAGGUCAUCGACCGCAUCGAUGUGUGCCCCGAGAACGCCGAGGUCACACUCACCGACUUCAGGGCCUACCAGACUGUGGUCCUGGACCCGGAGGGCGACGCCCAGAUCGACCCCAACUGGGUGGUCCUGAACCAGGGCAUGGAGAUUGUGCAGACGAUGAACAGCGACCCUGGGCUGGCGGUGGGGUACACGGCCUUUAACGGGGUGGACUUCGAGGGCACCUUCCACGUGAACACGGUCACGGACGACGACUACGCCGGCUUCAUCUUCGGCUACCAGGACAGCUCCAGCUUCUACGUGGUCAUGUGGAAGCAGACAGAGCAGACCUACUGGCAGGCCACCCCGUUCCGGGCCGUGGCUGAGCCCGGCAUUCAGCUCAAGGCCGUGAAGUCCCAGACCGGCCCCGGGGAGCACCUCCGCAACUCGCUGUGGCACACGGGGGACACGAGCGACCAGGUCCGGCUGCUGUGGAAGGACUCUCGGAACGUGGGCUGGAAGGACAAGGUGUCCUACCGCUGGUUCCUGCAGCACCGGCCCCAGGUGGGCUACAUCCGGGUGCGGUUCUAUGAGGGCUCCGAGUUGGUGGCCGACUCCGGCGUGACCAUCGACACCACGAUGCGCGGAGGCCGCCUGGGCGUCUUCUGCUUCUCUCAGGAGAACAUCAUCUGGUCCAACCUCAAGUACCGCUGCAACGACACCAUCCCUGAGGACUUCCAGGAGUUCCAGACCCAGAGCUUCGACCGCCUGGAGAACUAAGCCCGGGACGCAGCUCUGCCCGCGGCCGCGGCCCCGGCCCC